AUGAAUCUAGAUCAGCAGAAGCUCCAUACGAAGCCGGUAUCGGUCGGCGGAGUCUGCACUGUCAACAUGGCGAAUACACGCAAGGGGCGUUUGUCGCCUUUCUACGCCACUAUGCGUGACAGUCGCCGUACACCUCUCUACCAAACAGUCACAAACGAACAUAAACGAAAACGCUCGGAACUAAGGCUCGGGGCCCGGGUGGCGAUCGAGGAUUCCUGGCACUGCGGCUCAGCACGCUCAUCCUGGAUUCAUUCGGUUUCAGUUUUUGCUUUCGCCAGGCUGACGGACUAUCGAACUGAGUUUGGUGGGUCAGAUGGCCUGAUCGCAUUUGGCGCUGAGAAGAGGGGGAGGGAUCUCUCCAAGGCCCAGACCGAGAUGUGCGUCUCUGCUCCUCGAUCUCCCCAUUUCCCUCUUUCGAACACAAUUGGACGACAUGCCCAUGGAGCAAAGAACGGGUGUAUUUUCCGUGAUAACGUGGCGCCAGUCCGGUUCGGACUACUUGUUGCUCAGGACCAGGAAAAGCUGCCUGGAGCAGGGUUGCAUAAUGUGGGACAUAGCGCCAGCCCUGUGAGUCUGUCCAGGAACGUCUCUCUACAGAACGAUAACGGGCAAGACACGGAAACCCGCGGGGGCGGUUCAGCGUAUAAUAGCUCGGAGAUCAGCUGGAAGGUAACUUUGGAUCCCGGUUCCCCGCUUAUUUAG